AUGUCCUGGCUGGUGCUGGUGAUAGUGCUCGCUGGAUUGGCAACAGCUCAAUACUAUCAACAGUAUCAAUAUCAGCAAUAUCAGCCAUACGUCCCUCAGCAGUACCAGCAAUAUCAACCAAUUCAGUAUCAACAACAAAUCAUCCAGCCUCCUCAACAGUACCUCCCGCAGCCAGCACUCCAAUCCCAACAACCAGCCCUCCCCCCACUACAACCAUUGCCGAUAGCUAGAGCGCCAUUUUCUCAGCCACAAGGAGAACAAUAUCUACAAAAGAUCACUGAAAGCCGGAAAUCGCGGCGUUUCAUCGCUUCUUAUUGGGAUCCGCAAAAACAGCAGACAAUCUAUUAUGAACGUUUCGAACCUGAAGGUCAACAAUUCGCUCAACAGCCUCAAUUCCCACCACCACCAUCACCGCAAUUCACCCCGCAACAGUCGUUUGGCGGCCAGUUCUUCCGUCAACUCCAACCACAGCAACAGGUUGACCCAUUGAGCGGCCAAUUGAUCACAACAAGACCUCCCCCACCGCCACCAGCAGCUCUCCACUUGCCACCAACAGCCGUUCAAACACACCAAAAGACAUCGCAACAACAGCAGGCCGUCAAGAUUGAACGAAAGAUCACUCAACAGCCACGGACUCACAAUCGUUUCCCUAUGCAACGGCCUCGACGCCCAGAACAAAUUGCGAUCAAAUCGGGGAACACCGAGAAUCGAGUUUUCCCACCACCACCACCCGGCAAAUUCAACCCCUACCCGCAAGAUGUCUUCAAUCCAUUGGACACAAAAUUGACUCCUCCAGUUCCCCCAGAAGUUCUCGUGGUUGGCGGCUCGACACGUCCCAUCGAACAGUCGGCAAUCGAAGAGAUUCCCCGGGAGACUGUUCAUCAAAGCUCCACAUUCCCUCAACAACAACAAUUGCGUCCUCAACCCCAACAGCAACAAUUCCAAUCAAUUCCCCAGCCACAGCAAGUCCAUAAACAACCACCCCAACCGAAACCCCAGCGUCCAGCACAGAAGCAACCGGAAAAUUUGCCGAAACAGCCUCCUAAAAUCCAGCCAAUUGUCCCCAAUCGUGUAGUUUCCGUUUUGGAACAAACUUUCGAGGAACCAGAGGACGCGAAUGGUCACUUCCUGCAAUGUUGUCAGAAGCGUAAAGUGGACAAGAAGUGCGAGUCUAGAUGCAAUUUCGACACGAUGAACAAGAAAAUGUUGAUGGCCAUGUUCUUGGGCACCGAUCCAUGUCCUCAGUCGUAUGGAAGGGAUUUGCUCUCGUGUGCCGCCCAGGAUCUCGAUCAUACACAGUGUUGCAUUGAGAGGGGUGUUCACGAGACAUCGGCCGGCAAGAAAUGUCUCGGUUUCUGCAAUAUGUCGCCGGAUAAUACUUUCCAGGCGGACGCCUCGAUGAUCCCUUGCUGGGCCGUGCUAAAUGAUAUCAAGGUCAAUUCUAUAUUUUUGGAUGACGUCUCUUUGACCGAGCUCGCCUUCUCGCCUCAAUACGCGGCUGCGGUUGAAGCUAAACAGGUAGCCGCUCAAGAGGCUCAACAUGCUUCGUUCUUGGUCGAUAGAGCCAAACAAAACAGACCAGAGAAGAUUGUGCAAGCUGAGGGAGAGGCACAAUCGGCUAAAUUGCUUGGAGAGGCUUUGCGUGGAGAUCCGGGCUAUUUGAAGCUGAGAAAGUUUGGAGCCGCACAGCAAAUCUCGAAAACCGUUUCGGGGGGAGCAAAUAAUAAGGUGCUCGUCACGAGGCCUGUCCUCUUUAACAACUUUGACAAAGACAUCCUUACUUUACCUGAAAUGGUUCUACAGUCAACAGAUGCGAAUGACGCUUGGUUUGGCUUUCAUGUGGUGGAUUUUUGUGCGCAAUUCGAGGACCUGGGAAUCUUGAGCGAUUUUGUCGCCAAACUGAAAACGGCGGCCAAUUAUGAGCAGUUGAAAAUUCCCACUUGCGAGACUGCAACCGACUCUGAAGAUGAUUCGUUCGAGGAAGAUGAUGACGAUACCAACACUCCUAAAAUGGCGGUUCGGAACCUCGCUCCACCAAUGCCUCAACGAGCAACGUGUCCACGUAAUUGGGAACACCUGCUGGUAAAGGGUGUGAAGCUUCAGGAAAGAAAUCCCCAUACUCAACGUUACUUCAACGGCCCAGAAUUUGAAAGCAUGGUU